AUGGGUACUACCGAUAAAACUUCUAUAGUACAUAUCCGGCCUGAAAUUCUCAAAGGAAACAUUACUAUUAUUCAGUGUCCCACUACUAAUUGUGAAGCAACUCUUAGCUAUAAUGAUAUUAAACGAUUAGUCCCAAAAGAUUUAUUUGAGCGUUAUGGGUUAUUCUUGUUACGUCAUGUGAUUCGGCAACUUGAAGAUUUCCGUUGGUGUAAGCGUCAAGGUUGUGGAUGGGGUCAGGAGCAUAGUUCAGGAGAUGAAGAGCCAAUCAUGACUUGCCAUGCAUGUACGUUUAAAACAUGUUUUACGUGUGAUGUACCCUGGCACGAAGGAAUCACUUGCGAACAAUUUAAAGAAACCCUUGAGAACGAUCCCCACGGUGCAGCCAAUAAAGCUUAUCAUGAUCAACAUACUAAACAAUGUCCUAAGUGUGAAUGGCCUAUAGAGAAGAAAGAAGGUCAACAUUAUGCACCUUUGGAAGAUGAAGAAGAUGAGGAAGAUGAUCUUUAUGUUUUAUAA